AUCUUAUGUGUAGCAGAAAAACCAUCUAUAUCAAAGUCGGUAGCUGAGAUCCUUGGUGACGGACGGUUUGAAACAAGCUCAACUGCCAACAAGUACAUCAAAAACUAUGAGUUUAGUCAACAAUGUCAGGGAAGAGAGUGUACAGUAGUGAUGACUGCACUGCUUGGACAUUUGAUGGAAAGUGACUUUUCUCCUGAAUGGAAGAGCUGGCGAAUGGCUACGCUGCAACAUCUCUUUGGAGCGCCUAUUCAAAAAAAAGUCAAACAGGACAUGAAAGGUUUGGCUGACAAUCUGCGUGCAAAAUCUCGGCAAUCUGAGAUGCUAGUUAUUUGGACAGAUUGUGACCGAGAAGGAGAAAAUAUUGGUGCCGAGGUGGUUCAGGUGUGUCGUGAAACCAAUCCCAACAUUAUUGUUAAACGAGCAAGGUUUUCCGUAAUUAAGCAGGCAUGGAAUCGACUGGUUGAGUUAGAUUGGCGCGCAGCGGCAGCAGUGGAUGCUCGAACUGAAUUAGAUUUGCGAAUUGGUGCCGUUUUUACCAGAUUUCAAACACUUCAAUUACAAGGUCAUUUCAAAGAACUCAGCGAACAGAUACUCAGCUACGGUCCGUGUCAGUUUCCAACUCUGGGAUUUGUUGUUGAUCGGUUUAGAAAGGUCCAGAGCUUUAUUCCAGAGAAGUUUUGGAGCAUUACACUUGAAGUGACACGGAACGGACUCCGGGCUGUUUUUGGGUGGUCUCGCAACCAUUUGUUCAACCGGCACAUUGUUCUUGCUUUAUACGAGUUGUGUAUGAAAAAUCCAGUAUGCACCAUUUCUAAAGUUGAAGCAAAACCUAAAUCAAAAUGGGCUCCUUUGCCACUUACUACGGUGGAGCUUCAAAAAGUUGGAUCUCGUUUCUUGCAUAUGAGUUCGGACCGUGUCAUGCAGGUUGCAGAGGCACUGUAUAAUCGUGGUAUAGUCAGCUAUCCAAGAACCGAGACCGACUGCUUCGAUGAUAAGUUUGAUCUAAUGCCUCUAAUUGAAAAACAAACACAAAGUCAAGAAUGGGGCAGCUAUGCAGCUAGUCUUUUAAAUGGAAAGUUUACUAAACCGCGCAAGGGUAAAAACAACGACCAAGCACAUCCGCCGAUUCAUCCUGUUCGUGCUGCAUUUGAUUUGUCUGGUGACGAAAAGAAAGUUUUUGAUUAUAUUACACGAAGGUUUUUAGCCUGUUGCUCAGCAGCAGCCAGAGGACAAGAAACUGUGGUUGAUUUGGAACUUUCCCAAGAAAAAUUUACUUCAUCAGGGCUUAUGAUUUUGGAAAGAAAUUACUUGGAGGUGUUUCCAUAUGAAAAAUGGUCAGAUUCUGAUAUUCCAACGUUUUCCGUUGGCGAGCGAGUUGAACCGUCAUUAUUAGAGAUGCGUGAAGGAAGUACUACCAGACCAACAAUGCUCACUGAGGCCGAUCUUAUUACGCUCAUGGAUAAAAGUGGUAUUGGUACAGAUGCCACUAUUCACGAGCAUAUCAAAAAAAUCCUUGAUCGGGAAUAUGCACGCAAAGAAAACAUUUACUUUUUUCCAACGACACUGGGAAUGGCGCUGGUUACUGCAUAUGACGAGAUGGACAUUGAUUUGUCUCUAUCUAGACCAUUUCUUCGUAGUUUGACAGAAGCAAAUAUGAAAAAAAUCUGCGAUGGGGCUCGACAACGUGAGGAUGUUGUAUCUGAAAGCAUAGAGCUAUAUAAAAAUGUCUUUAUUGCAGCGUUUGGUCAAGCAAGUAAACUACACGAAUCGUGUGCCAAAUUUUUUGGCCAUGCACCAGAUGCAACUCCAGUAGGUUUGCUUUACUUGAAUAGUGUAUAG